AUGUCCUCCAUCUUCGACGACUUCAAAGAAGGCCAGAGAAUUGGCUCUGGCCCUCGUCUAGCAGCUGCCCUUACCCCGGUCGCAUCCUCCGCAAAUCCCAACCGAUUGCUGUCGUUCUACUACUUCUCCAACGCCGCUCGUGUAUCCUCCGAUCUUCGCUACUCGCUCUUCCAGUCCGGCGGCGUCAAACUACCCCGACAAGAACAAACCGCGUGGAUUGAUAUCUUUACGGCGUACUGGAAGGCUGCGGGGGAACUUGUCAAGUUCGAUGAGAGCCCCUCGCAAGCCAGCUGGGUCCAGGUGUUCGAAGCGUGGAGGGAGGUGUCCAAUACCCUGGUCCGGGGCUACUCACAUUCGGGUCUUCAGGCCUGGACCGUGCCAUGUCUGUACGUCGUUGGAAAGUACCUGCGAACCUUUGCGAUUCGAGCCGACGCCGAAUUAGCGUCCCAAAACUCCGUUUCGUUUGGGGAUCGUCUGCAGGAGGAUAUCGCGGCGGAUUUCACCAAGAGUGCCAAGCUAGAAUCGGCAGCAUGGAUGAUGAACAGGAUGUUUACUUUGUGCCUCAGUGAUCGGUCGCCUCUCGAGGAAUCGCGGAAGUGGGGUAUCUACAACAUGACCAAUCUGCUGUUCAAGACAUAUUUCAAACUCAACUCCGUCGGACUUACCAAGAACUUACUUCGUGCGCUGAAGGCGUCGUCGGCAGACAUCCCGGAGCUGGAUGCUUUUCCCAAGUCGCACAUAGUCACGUUUAAAUACUAUGUUGGGGUCAUCAAUUUCUUGGAUGAAAAUUACGAAGAGGCAGAGUCUCACUUGGCGGAGGCGUGGAGAAUGUGCCAUCGCCACUCUCUCAAGAACAGGGAGUUGAUUCUCACAUACCUGGUCCCUUGUCAUCUGGUCACGACGCAUACACUGCCAAGCGAAAAUCUCCUAUCAUCAUUCCCUCGGCUUGAGAAACUAUUCCGCCCGCUCUGCGAAUGCAUCAGGAAAGGAGAUCUCCAAGGCUUCGACACCGCCAUGUCCGCCGGCGAAGACCAAUUCGUGAAGAGACGUAUCUACCUCCCUCUCGAGAGGGGCCGGGACAUCGCCCUGCGCAAUCUGUUCCGGAAGGUGUUCAUCGCAGGGGGCUUCGAAGAAUCCAAGGAUGGUCAGCCCCCGAUCCGACGGACCCGUGUUCCUGUCGCGGAGUUUGCCGCUGCCAUUCGCAUCGGCACGCAUGCAAGUGACCGAACGCGCGUCGACAUUGACGAGGUAGAGUGUUUGCUGUCCAAUCUUAUUUACAAGGGUCUCAUGAAAGGCUAUAUUGCUCGUGAACGCGGCAUGGUUGUCCUGAGCAAAGGCGGCGCCGCAUUCCCCGGAACCGGUGUAUAA